CAUCACUGCUGACUUGCACCGAGCCGCAAACGGCUCUGCUUCCCGGCCGCACUCCAGCUUCCAUUGAGCCAUCAGCUGUUGCGCACAGUUGGCAACAGCAGUACAACCAUGCAGCUCAACAGAGAGCGGCGGCGAAGAAUCUGCAAGAUGCUGCACAAGACGCUUCCGGAACCAGGCACGGCCGAGUUCGAGCUAUGGACGCAGAACCAGCAGCGCUCCCCGCUCCUCCGCCUGCCGCCCGAACUCCGGAACCGGAUCUACGAGCUCGUCCUCGACGUCGGCCAGAUCAACGUGUGCUUCAAGAAGUGGGAACACAAGCCGCGGACGCGCAACGGCCAGCGCUACUACGCGACCACUGAGGGCGGCUUCUGGUGCCGCAUCCUGGAGAAAGACCAGAACCCGUGGAGGCAGACCAACAACAAACCCCUCCACCCGCCACCGCGCCACGGCAUGACCCUCCUCUCGCCCGUCUGCCGCCAGCUCUACCACGAGACCGUGCUGCUGCCCUACCGCCUCAACGCCUGGUCCUUCGAAUCGUUCCACGUCAUGGACCGCUACGUCAUGAAGGAGAAGCGGCUGCCCUUGGCGCACCGCCGUGCGAUCCGGCUGCUAUACACCCAGACCGUGUUACCGGUGGCGGUGGAGAAAUAUCUUGGCGGUUUGGAGGUGGUCGUGCUUGAGACGGGGCUCACAAUGGUGAAGCGGACUGUGGAGGCAGGCCCCGAGCAGGGCUGUCGCAAAACGGUCGUGUGGGAUGUCUACUCCCGCAAAUGGAAGUGACCCGGUCGGGGCUCGCGUUGCUGUCACACCCCAACCAGCCCUUGCCAGGCGCAUGGCUGACGCUUGGUCGUCAACGAAAACGGCCAGUGCCCCUCAGCAAGCUGCGGAAGCUGUGGUAGCUGAGGAUGCCUCUCAUGCCGUGGUACAUAAUGCUGGGCCAUUGUCGUCCCGGAACGGGCUUAUGCGUGGGAAUACCGAGACU